UCUUCCUGUAGUGUUGAAUCGCGUCCCAUUUUAGAUGUCUUGGUCAAUAGUCAUCUUCGGCGUCGAUGGCUUCCUUUGGAGGAUCCUCCUCGAGGCUUGGCGGAUCUUUGCUACUCUUUUGUUCAAGGUAUAUUAGUUUGCUUAAGUUCUUUUUAAUGUUUCUUUUGUAGGAUGUCUUCUUCUUCUGACGAUUUCCUUUCCGGAUUUCAAGUAGAUUUGGACGUUCCGAUGGGUGGUCCUGACGUUCCUCUUGCCAACAUUAUUCCUGGCGACAUUGACGUGGAUGGGGCUCCUGUUGAUAUUCCCAUAGCUCCUGCCGAGAUAGCGUUGCCUGAGAUUAUUAUUGUAGAUGAUGAUGAUGAAUCGGCUGAUCCAGUAGGUGACGAGGCGGUUCCGUCACUACUUCCCCCUCUAGCAUCAUCUAUCGUCUCGGGGGGAGUUGGGGGUGUGGCCUCAGAGGGGCCUGUUGUUGCUGAUUCGGGAGAGAUUUCUCUAGGUCGAGACCCGGAUUCUCCGUCUAGAAAAAGACGUCGAGUUGGCGAUGGUUCUCCAACGAGGGAGAGUUUUCCUGGAAGCUCUUCUUCUGCUCCAGACUUGGUUCAGUGGGUCGAAGGUCAGGAUCCUGCCAGUUUGCUGAAUCCGAGAGUGCUAGCGGAAUAUAUCCGGACUUUGGCGAUUCCUGCUGAUGUCACGUGGUUUUGUGGUAGGCCGGGUCAAGAGCUUUCCGAUCUGGCUUGUUUUCAUGGUUUCUCUGCUCUUCAAUCUGUUUUGGUAUUGAACGACCGCCGACAGUGUGCCGAGGAGGAGGUCGAGCGUCUGUCUUCUCUUUUGGCGACUUCCGAGUCUGAAAGGGCGAAAUUGAAGGCCUCUUUGGAAGAGCAUGAUUCUCUCCUGGCGCAGCUCAAGGCGCAGGAUGCGAUUAAUGAUCGCCAGGUGAAAGUGAUCGAGAAAAAGACCGAUGACUUGACUCAAGAGAUUGAGGAGCUCAUUCGGAUCAAUUCCCUUGUUGGUGGGGAGAGGGACAAUCUAAGAUCGGAGGUUGAGGGUCUUCACAUCCGUCUGCUAGAUACGAAGGCUUUCUACUCUGCUUUGAUAAGCGAGUAUCGCCUUGCGAUUGGGAGGAAGCUUCUAGAGCAGAAUCCUAAUAUUGAUCUUUCUGGGGUUAACGGGUUGGAUCCCCAGGCCAUCGCCCGUGAUCUCCUCGCCAAGAUGUCUAAAGACCGCGUCUAGUAGUUUUUCUUUUGAUUGUAUUUGCUGAUGUAUUGAUUUUGCUUUUUGUAAUUCACAAUUUAUGAAUAUAUUUUCUAUGUUUCUUCGAAAUGUGCUUUCGCCUUAUUUUUAUGUACUUGAUUUGCCUCGAGGGUUAUUCUAAACCCUGUUCUUUGCUU